UACAUUGUAGAUUCCUUAGUUCGUGUCAGUGCACGAGAUCAUAUAACCUAGAGGGCGCGCAUCUCCCAAGAAUUUCGUGUUCAUUGUUUUUGUUUUUUCAGUUUAUUUUCAUUCACCAGUCAAAGCGCUUUUAUUACGUGAACAACUUUUACUGUGAUACGUUUAUCAACGAUAAGAAAUAGCUAUAAACUUUCGCAAGGUUGUUCGAAGUUAAAGAGUGAAAAGCUAUUGUUAAUUUAUAAGAUGUGAGUAUAGCAAACUUAAUACUGAAUAGAAGGUAAAAAAAAGAAGUAACUCAAGUUAAGAUGUGCUACAAAAAGGAGACCACGAGUUUGUCUAGGAAGCAGUAUUUAGGAAUUUCUUUUCCAGUAUUACUUGUAACGUAUUUUUGCUUCUAUCUCGUGUCAGAAGCGAGUGCCAAUGACUUAGCUUGUUCUUUCGUUAAGUAUGCGUAUUCAGCGAAAGGAUUCGACGACAAUGAUGUGCCAAGAAAAGCAAUACUCGGGGAUCACCUCCGCAUCUGCGAGCAGGAUAUGACCUGUUGCACAGAACAAAUGGAAUACAAACUGAGCAAUCACAGUCAAGCGGAGUUUGCAAGACUCCUAAAAGAGUCGAUCACUGGACUAAAAAAUGUGUUUCAUUCAAAAACGCAGCAGUUUGACAAAUUCUUUCAGGAACUUUUAGAUAAAUCUCAAAAAGACUUCCAUGACAUGUUCUCUCGAACGUACGGUGUGUUGUAUGAACAAAAUGCUUUCAUUUUUAAAAGCAUGUUUGAUGAGCUUAGAAAAUAUUAUCUCUCUGGUGGAGUGGAUUUGACAGAAGCUCUGGACGGAUUUUUUAGCCGACUCUAUUUGAAAAUGUUCCAGGUCCUCAACGCCCAGUACACAUUUGAUGACUAUUAUUUAAAAUGUGUUGAAGAUCAAAUGGACAACCUGAAACCUUUUGGUGAUGUACCAAGGAAGUUAACUACCGAAAUUAAAAGAUCGUUUGUAGCCACUCGUACCUUUGUUCAAGCCCUCUCCGUUGGUCGAGAUAUUGUAAGAGACGUUCUAGAGGUGAGACCCAGCCAAGAAUGCAGUAGAGCUCUUAUGAAGAUGUCAUACUGCCCACAUUGCCAUGGUUUACCUGACUUGAAGCCCUGUGGAAACUAUUGUCUCAAUGUAAUGAAGGGCUGCUUGGCUUACCACGCCGAUCUGAACAGUGAAUGGAAUAGCUACAUCGGUGUUUCUGUUUACUCCGCAUUUCUUACAUCAGAAGGAAACAUGGCUACUUUAUAUCUAUUUGAAAGUUGUGGAAAACCAAGAUUGCAGAAAAGAGAUGUUACUGGAGAGAUUGAGUUCCACACAUAUAACUUCGGUGCCCAGUUGGCGGCAUUUCAGCCCACCAAAAGCGGGUUGGAGCGACUAGUUGACGACAUAAAGAAAAAACUGAAGAGAACUAAGAACUUCUGGUCGCAGCUGGCGAGUGAAUUGUGUAACAACCCUGAAGUGGCCGGUGACAGGAAUGUACGAGAAAACUCUGACAGCUGUUGGAAUGGACUAGCAAAAGCAAGGUAUGAUGCUACACCAGUAGGAAAUGGCGUCAGUAGUCAGAAGGACAACCCAGAAGUAUCGCUCGACAUUACAUCACAGAAUGUUAUUAUUAGUCAACAAAUCCUAACGCUGCAUCUCAUCAAUAGCAAAUUGAACGAUGCCUAUAACGGCCUGGAUGUGGCGUGGCAAGACACUGCAGACAGUGAAUGGGAUGGCAGUGGGAGCGGCAGCGGUAGUGGAAACGGCUGGAUUAUUGCAGAUGAAAAUCAACAUAAUUUCGGAGAUAUAUACUUCAGCUCAUCCACACCUCCUGUUACAGAGAAGCCGCAUGAACUCACGACACCGCCCUCCUCAGCUUCCCAAAUUCUGAACUCAUUUGUGGUUCUCAUUACUGUUCUUCUAGUUUAUGUUAGUGCUACCUGGUGGUGAGAAGGUAUAUUAGUGUAUUUACAAAAAAAAAGGAAGUGUGUGUGUGUGUAAACGGUUAGUCUAUAGAACUUUGUUUAUUCAUCGUGUUAUGGCAUUAUAAAAAAUAACGGCCAUACGAUUAUGCAGGGAGUCUUUAUUGAAAAGUUUUAAUGAGAAAAACGUGCCUCCUAAAAAAAGUAACCGGAGUUUCUCAGGAUUUACAUCUACGGACUUUUCACGUUUGCACUGUCAGAAGCUAAAUCCCAUUUUCACUCAUCUCCAUAUAUCUCGUAUAUGCCUUUUAAGUGCCAAUUUUAAAAAAUGAAUCAUUCGAGGAGCUGAAAAAUUCAGGCAGUUGCGGAGAAAAAAAACACAUUCUUCGUGAGAUGUAGAAACACGAAAUACGACACUAAUUUGUCAAUUAGAGAUACGUGACAUCAAACAAAAACAUGGAGGCAUUUUCAUAAUUUUUGGUGCUUUUUAGCUCUCUCUCUGUGAACAUCUAAUGGAACUAAAAUAUGUUAGAUCAGAAAAAAGACGAAAUCUACGUUAAUUGUUCUUAUGUCUUAGAAAAUUUAACAAUAUGAAACAAGGAAAUUAAGUUUAAUCACCGUUUUCUAGUAUUAUAAUCAUAUUGUUGUACGAAUCAGUGAAGCUCUGAUAAGGAAGGACAUGAUAUGUCUAACAGCAAUAACUUUGCCUGUUUCUGUCUGAUAUUUUUUUAAAUUGUAAUCAUAAAUGUAUUUAAUGCUGAAGAGCCGACUUUUUCUUUAUGUCAUAUUGAAAACAUCAGGAGUUAUUGAUUUAUUUCCAUACGUAAUUUGUUUAGAAAAUCGUUGUUCACAGAAGCGAAUACUCUUCUGUUAAAAAACGCGGUAUAAAAUUGUUCAUGUGUAUUUCAGUUAAAAAUACAAUGUGAACGACGGGAAACCACAACAACAAAAUCUGAAUUUUCUAAGUUUGCACUUUUUCGAACUAUGUGCAGAUGUAAACUGAAAAUAGCCUGAUGGUGUGUUAAAAAAUCACUGUUAAAGAAAAUGAAUCUAGUUGGGAUAUGUUUUUGUAUAAUUAUUCGUCAUCAAGACGUUUUUACGUGUUUUAGUGGGUUUAAUUAUGGCUUCACGAUGUCUAGAGUUUGUUCCAUGAUCUUUGUUUUUACGUAAAGUAACGCAUAAAAUAGUAUAUUUUACGUAAUUACUGUUUCGCCUUUUUUAUCUUUAGCAUAUAAGUGACAUUGUAUUUAACACCAGCUUUUGUAUUUUCAGUAUUUUAUUUAUCUGUAUGUAUAUAUAUGCUUGGUAUCUGUGGUCUUGUUUUUUACAAUGUCAAUAAUACAUUCAGUUAUGUAAGAAUAUGUCAAUUUUUAUUUUUAAUAUUGUUCGAAAUUAUAUUCGUUUAAAGUGUUAAUACAAUCCUGAGCGCCAAAUAUUAAAUAGAUAAUACAGGUAAAUAUAUAUUACACAAUCAUAACGUCAAUACAAGUUCGACACUGCAUACUGUAAAGUUAUAGUCUGACCCACCCUGAAACACUUUAUACUGCAAGGUUACAGCAUGACUCACCCUGAAACACUUCAUACUGUGAGGUUGCAGCCUGACCCAAGCUUGAAACAUUUCAUACUGCGAGGUUACAGCCCUACCCACCCUGAAACACUUCAUACUGUAAGGCUACAGCCUGACCCAAGCUUGAAACAUUUCAUACUGCGAGGUUACAGCCCUACCCACCCUGAAACACUUCAUACUGUGAGGUUGCAGCCUGACCCAAGCUUGAAACAUUUCAUACUGCGAGGUUACAGCCCUACCCACCCUGAAACACUUCAUACUGUGAGGUUGCAGCCUGACCCAAGCUUGAAACAUUUCAUACUGCGAGGUUACAGCCCUACCCACCCUCAAACACUUCAUACUAUGAGGCUACAGCCUGACCUCAGUUUGAAGUAGGACAGUGCACAGUAAACCUACAACAUUUGAUAUCCUCACAAUAUAAAAUGUAUACAGCAGCAGUCUUACUGAUGCAUAACUCUAGCUCAUCUUGAGCUAAUUCACUUCGACACCGUAUAAGAAUAACCUUACCUUGAAUCUGUAAUGCCAACAGUACACAAUUAUAACAUCAUAUUGAAGCAAUCGACAAAUAUAGUUUAAUCAUGGGAUAGCAUAUCAUUUUACAUAAACACAUCAACACCUUGAGCUAUUUAACUUCAGCACUCCAUAAAUGUAACGUUAUUAUGUGUCUAAUAAAUUCAGUUUUACGUAAUUACAUCUUCACACUGAAUUGCAUUAUUUGUUUUCAAUUAAAUAGACUACUCUUAUUUCACUCCAUUGUACCAUUACGACUUCCCUUGCAACAGUGUAACUAUUUUGAGUUAGAAUACCUCAAAUAACAGUCGUAUCAUUAUUAGUUUUAGCCAGAUAGCUAUUAUCAUUGAAUCAUAAUCUAAACGCUGUUAAUUUACAUAACGUCAAAUAUAAACUCGCAUCGAGUUAGUUAAUAACCUCGUCUUGGUCAGUUAACCUCACCUUUUUACACUCCAACUUAAUACUACAAUACCGCAACCACUACAGUCAAGAGUUAACAGUUUCAUAUAAGAGCUUAUAACACAGUUGUGAAUUCCGAAUUAAGAAUAAACAUUAUGACUGAUGGAUGCAUAUAGUAUAUUUUAGUUAUCAGUAUUUGCCAAUAAUUAGAAAUAGAUGGUUGUCUAUUUUUCAUACUUGUACAUUUGCUAGACCACUAUCCAUUUUGAAAAUAAACUGUUUUGAACUAA